AUGAUCAUCACCUUUUUUAAAUAUUUGAUUAGUAUCUUUAUAGGGUUUCGAGUAUUUAAAUGGCUCUUGAUGACCUUUUAUUUCCCCAUGAUCAGAGAUUUAGAUCCAAUUGCACUUAAUGAACAAUCCAACAAAACUACGGUAAGACAACCAAAGGAAACCGCUAUAUAUAGAAAUUUUUUAAUUCCAAAUGGAUUACCUCUAACCACUGGUCUUGGCUUGUCAGCUGGUUAUAAAUUAAGAAAUGGAAAUUUCGGUGACGUUUGGAAUUCUAUUAUCUGUAAUGGCUCAAGUAUAAAAGAUCUGAAGUUUAUUAAUCAAACUGAACCAAUAUCUAUUUUUCAGAUUAAUUCAAUGGCUAAAUUAUUAUCUGAAAAUUGGUUCAAUAAUAAAAAUACUUCCAAAUAUGUUGGUAUUGCUGUACCACUUUCCACUUCUUAUGGUUUUAUUUCUUCAAUUGCAUGUAUGAUGAGUACAAUUUAUGAUUCAAAUACUUUACCCCUAUUUUUGCAUCAUGUACCAAGAACUAAAAUUGAAAACUUGGAUAUUUUAAUACUUGAUACUUGGGAGUCAUAUAAAUUAUUAGGAGAAUCCAAGAAUUGGUAUAAAAUGAUUAUUGUUUGUGAAUCAACUAAUUCAGCAAACACAAUCUCAAAUUAUUCAUCAACACCAAAAUUGAUUUCAUUUUUUGAUAUUAUUAAGCAUGUUAAAAAUUUGAAAGAUAAAUGCUUUGAAUAUCAAUUUAAUUUGGAAAAAGUAAAAGAUGAUCAAAAACAACUUUUCCAAAUUCUUUCACCAACAAAUAAAUUGACACAAUUUACUCAGGUGGCAUUUAUGAGUGGUAUCGCUUCAUUCAUCAAAACAUUUCCUGUGGGCCAUUCAUUAACUGACAAGGAUGUUAUGACAUUGCUAAUCAAUAAAAAAGAUACAGGGUUUCUACUAAAUACUCUAGAUAAGAUAUUUGCAGUCUUAUUACACGGUGGUUCUAUUCAAUUCAUUAAUGAACUACCAUCAUCGAUUGCACCUUUAUCUUCCAGAUCAAAUUUAAACACCCAUAUUCAUACAGCCUCUACAACAUCAAUUUCAACUGUAGUUUCUUCAUCAUCAAAUUCUGCAUCAGCUCCUCCUAAUUCUAAUUUCAAUUCAAAAGCAUCUAUUAAUUUAGAAUUUCUAAAAGGCACUACAUUACUAUCUAUAAGUGCUUCAAAUAUGAAAAAAAUUAUCGAUCAUAUCCAAAAAUCUCAUACAAAUAUCUUUGAUAAUUUUAGGUUGAAUUGGGCAACUCUUUUAUUUAGUUAUGGUAUCUUUUCAAAAUGUGGCGAAAGACAAUCAAGGUUCACAGAUAAUCUACGUUGUAUCUAUUUAGAAGAAAUUAUUAAACCUCAUCAAUUCAUAUUAAAUUAUCCUCGUGAAAUACCAAAAUUAAAUAUUCAAAAUUCAAAAAUUAUUGAGUCGCCAAAUUUAUCAACAGUUCACUUGAAUUUAAUUAGAUCAUUAUUUGGUACAAGAUUAGUAAGAGAAUUAAUCAUACCAUACUUAACAAUUGGUCCUAUUGCACAGACAAAUUUUUAUGAUUAUAGAGUGUUAUCAUCAAACGUAGAUGAUAAACUAAUAUCUUUUGGUCCUUUAUCGACCUCAUUAGAAGGUAAAUUCGUCUCACUUGAUUUAGUACCAGAGUUAGAUAUCAGAAAAAGACAAGGUAUGUUAUGCAUAAGAGGCUUUAAUAUUGGUCUCCCAGUCGAGAAUGAUAGGCUGGAAAAAUUAAUGAAAGUAAGUGAAGAUUAUGGUGGUAAAGAAGGCUGGAUGCCCUUAGUAGGCCUAUAUGGACUAUGGGGACUGGAUGGCUGUUUAUUCUUAUUUGCGUAG